AUGUCGACCUUGCUAAAGACAGUUGCAUUAUUGGUUAUCUCAAUAACCUUAACGGAAUGCGAUCCGAUUAGCGAAGAUGGCUGUGAAAAAGACUUGGCUGAUCGUCGAGCUCAUGAAGUUUUUCGGUCUCUUAAAAUUACAAGAGCAUUGCACGAUGGUUUCGUGAGACAUCGUGAGGUAGGCGGGAGAAGAAUCGGGGAAAAGGGAACAGGAGAACCCGUUAGUGCUGAUGAAGCAUCAAUAGUUGGAGAAGGUGGUGAGACUGGUCAGAGAGCAAAACGCGAAAAAGCACCGUACCAUGGUGGGUCGUCAGGUGGACACGGUGGCUCUUUCAACUCAGGGUCCUCAAAACCCGACUACAACCCGCCAAAUAAUGGUGGUUGGUCGAUAGGAGGACACGGUAGCUCCUUCUACCCAGGUUCCUCAAAACCCGAUUACCAUCCGUCAUCAAGACCCGAUUCUCAUCCCCACGGGGGACAUCAUGGAAGAUAG